UUUCACAAAGACCUCUGUUUUCCUAUUACAUUCAUAGUACCACAUCCUUACCCACAAAAUACUGAAUAUUACAGGUGUCCAUCAGUAUUAUAUCAGUUUAGGAAUAUGUUUUUUAUUUUCCCACCAUCGAUUUCUUGAAUAUGCACCCCUUCCGCAUUUCUGUAUGAACUGUGAAUGUAGCAAUAUGCGUCCCCUUAACAUAGCCGUACUUGAGGAUUACACUACACAAGACUGUAAAUCGACUCAAAGAAUAUGUCGUCACAAGAUAAACAAAACGAUAGGAACUUCCAGAAGUAUGUCCUAAAGAAAGUAGGGAAGCACUGGUUAUUGGAGUGCAAUGGAAAACUGAAAAGACUGACAUUUCUGACAGACGCAAGGGAUGUUUUCAUAGAUGAAAAUGUCUUAUUCGCUGGUGGCGAUUUGUAUCAAAUUACACAGAAUGACGCUAAUAUUGUUGAAGUCACUAAAAUAGAAGACAUCUAUCAUAAAACAUCUAAUGAGCUGCCUAUGAAUAUAUCAAAUCAAGGAUCUGACGAUGCGAAACCAAACACGUGGUGUCAUGAACAUGGAGCUAUCGCAUCGGACUUCGAAGCAUGUGAAGGAAUCAUUGAUGAAAAGAGAACAACGGAUUAUGAAAGUAUGUCAGACAUGGUUUCUACAGUAGAUCCAAUCUGUAAUGGUAGUGAUGAAGUAGACAAAGACAAGAAGUUUGAAAAAUUCCUGAAACGAUUAUCUAAGUUCUUUGAUAGGAAAGAGGUACCAACGAAAACAUCUGAUGGGGCACGUGGGCCAAGGACGAGAAUGAAAACAACAGUAAAGACAGAACAAAAUCAGCAGAAAUCACAGGAGUUCGCGAAGUUUCUAAAUGCAAAGUCGGUAGAGAAGUUUCACGAAGAAACAGAUGUUGUUCAAGUUGUAGCUCUGUUUUCAUAUGAAGCCUUGCACGAUGAUGAUAUUAGCUUUGAAAAGGGAGACAAGUUUGAAAUGAAUAAAGAAAUUAUUGGCCAAUGUUUUGAGUGGUGUAUUGCAAAGCACCAUGUCACGGGCGAAGAAGGAUACGUUCCAAGGCACUACGUCACAGAGGAUGAUAACUCGCCGUACACGCAAGACUGGUAUUACAAUAUAAGGAGACCGGAAGCGGAUAGACUGUUGGGCAGCCCUCAUGUCCCUGUUGGUACAUUUAUUGUCCGAGGGGACUUCAGUUUUUUGUUAUCUGUCAAACUAAACGAGGGUGACGUUAAACACUACAAAAUACGGCGUUUGGAUAAUGGCAGAUUUUACAUAUCUUCUAGAAAAACAUUUGACAGUGUCCUUGAUCUAGUAUCCUACUACAAAAAUGAUGCCAAUGGGUUGCCUUGUAAACUCACGGAACCAUAUCCAAAGAAAACCCCUUGUGUUCAUCUUCGGAAGCUUGAAGUGGAAAGACAUUCAGUGGAGUUGUUGGAGCAAAUUCGCGGCGGCACGGGUCACUAUGGUGACAGACAUGUUGGUAAAUUUCGCAAGACGUUGGACGUGGCAGUGAAACGGUUAAAGCCGAAUCUCCUAGAAAUGCCAGCAGAUGAUUUUGUAACAGGAAUGAAAAUGAUAAACAAAUUGCGACAUGACAAGCUUGUUCAGGUUUUAGCGAUUUGCGCAACGACUGAACCUAUUCUGAUAGUGUCUGAAUUUGUGCCUAACGGAUCUUUGUUGGAUUAUUUACGGAGGGAAGAUGUCAGAGCUUCACUGCGUUUAGAAGAAUUAAUUGAUAUUGCUGCUCAGAUAGCGGAAGGAAUGGCAUAUCUUGAGGAGAAUAAGUUCGUUCACGGUGAUCUAAGAGUCGCUAAAUAUCUGGUAGAGGACCGUAACGAAGUGAAGGUAGCAGAUCAUGGUCUGUUUCAAUUGGUGGAAAAAGAUUUAUCUGAAACUAACAUAAGGCAAUUGUCAAACUGGCUGCCAACAAAAUGGUUUGCUCCAGAAGUAUUGUUGAGUGGAAGUGUGAGUACAAAGUCGGACGUGUGGUCAUAUGGCGUGUUAUUAUUUGAGAUCAUUACAUUUGGACAUGUACCAUAUCCAGGUCAGGAUGGGUGGGAGGUAUUAGACUGUGUUAUUAAAGGGUACAGGAUGCCAAAGCCGAAUUCAGGUCGAGUGGAAUGUCCAGAUCCAUAUUAUGAAAUAAUGUUACAAUGCUGGAACAAAUCUCCGGAACGCCGACCUACCUUUGCAUACCUUCAAUGUUUCUUCGAAGACUACACAGUGGCAACAGAGCCACAUGUAGUCAAUGUUGUUCCUUGAAAAUUUUAGGAAAAUGACUUUUAUUGAGAAUAAAUGAGAAAUUCAAUAGACAUUGUAAAAAACAAGUCAUUUCGUCGAAUAUUAUGACACUUUUACAGUCACUUACAUCAAUACAUUAAAGAUAUGUGUUUUAACUGUACCUGUCAUAUUUUAUUUUUCUAUGAUCACUGAAAAAAAAUCUAACGUAUUUUGAUUCCGACAUUUUAUUUGUGUUCUGCUAAUUUCUGUUGCGGAAUCAAAGCAAAUAUGUUUCAAAGUAAAGUAAAUCGAGGUAAAAUU